GCCAUGGGAAAUGGCAGGGCAUACCAAAUUCUGAUGGCAGUCGCAAGUGCAGCCGGGAGUUUGUCCCUAGGUCUACUCUACGUAUGGCCUUCAUACACCCUCCCCAUGCUAGCGGCAUCCAACGGGACAAUCCUGGAUGCGCCUCUGACCACAACGGAGGAGGCCAUGUUAGGAGCCCUGCCUUCUUUAGGAGCCCUAGUAGGCAGCGCGCUUGUGGGCAUGGCGAUCAACACUUUUGGCAGGAAAAUGGCUAAUAUACUGACUACUUUGCUGUACAUGAUAUCUUGGACCAUGAUAGGCUUCACAAGGUCCAUAACUGUGGUCCUGAUCGCCCGGUUCCUCGGAGGGGUCGCAGGAGGAUUGACCUGCGUAAUCACCCCAGUUUACAUUUCUGAGGUCGCGGAGGAUCACAUCAGGGGGAUCUUGGCUUCAUUCAUAGUGGUGUUCUAUCAGACAGGCACGUUGACCUCUUACUUCAUAGGCUGGUACUGCAGCUACCACGCCAUCGUCUGGAUCAAUCUGGCUAUCCCCAUCGUAAGAAUCUUGAUGUUCCUGUGGGUCCCUGAGAGUCCCGUCUAUCUGAUGAAGAAGAAUAGGGUGGAGAAUAGUGAUUCAGUGGGUAUCCUCUAUUAG